AUGUCAACUUCUGACCAUCCAGAAGCAGAUGGUCAGACGGAACUCGCUAACCGCGUCCUUGAAGAGAUACUUCGAGGGUAUGUCCACUCGUUUACGAGUUGGGGUGAGUUCUUGCCUCUGGCGGAAUUCGCCAUCAACAACUCGGUGCACGCGUCUUCAACGCAUGCACCGUUCUUUGUGAAUGGCCGAGGCCAUCCAAUUUAUCCGCCUUCUUAG